UUAUGGGUGCAUGUUUUCAUAUAUAUGCAUGCAUACAUACAUACAUACAUACAUACAUACACACACAAGUGUACGUGCGUUUAUGUGCAUCUUUGUGUCAUGGUUUGUAUUAUUCAUUUCAUUACAUUGCAUGACAGCAUAAAAAAAGUCUAUGAGGAAGUGGCUGGAUCUUCGUGUGUAUCUGCACUGCACGAGGGGGACUUGACAUAGUUCAGUUUCUUUCAGUGUGUUUUGAAUACCAGCUGUAGGUCUCUUUCAGGAAUAACUGGGGAAAACAAAACACCAUCAAGAUGUGGAUCCUGAAAGUAAUUAUGUGUGUCUUCAAUGGUGUGAUAUUUCUGGCUGGUGGAGUGGCUGUGUCUGUCGGGAUUUUGGUUGCAAUGAGCAGCAAGUAUCUGCGAAUUGUCUUAGAUCACAUUAAAGACUCUCCCCCAGCGUUGGCGCAGGUGGGCAACGUGGGCUACCUGCUGAUCGCAGUAGGGGCUGUCCUGGCCAUUAUGGGCUUUCUGGGCUGCUGUGGAGCCUUAUGCGAAAGCAAGUGUAUGCUGCUGACAUUCUUCAUCAUUAUCCUCAUUGUCUUCCUCGCUGAGGUGGCCGGAGCAGUAAUCAUUUUGCUUUUCAAGCCUACGGCAAAUGAAGUGUUGCAGAAGCUGAAUCAAGAAGUUGUUGAUCUUAUCAAAAAGGACUAUGGAAGUGAUGACGCCUUUACAACAGUGAUGAACGAAACUAUGUCUCAGCUGACAUGCUGUGGAUACAACAACUACACUGACUUCACUGGAUCCCCGUUUCAAACGACCACCUCGCGUUACCCUGAGAGCUGUUGCCGCUCAAAUGGAACGUGUAUUGAGAGAAAUGCAGAAGCCCAGGGAGUGCGAGGCUGUUUCAAUUCUUUUGUGCAACUGCUGGAGGACAAUGCUGCUGUGCUGGGGGGAGUGGCUAUUGGCAUCGCUGCUUUGGAGAUUGCUGCAAUGGUUGUCUCUAUGGUCCUGUACAAAAACGUGGGAAAAUAACUUCAAAGGCUGGGACUGCACCAAGACCUGUGCACUUCAUCACUGUACUACACUGAAAAAAUAAUGCACUGAAUUUACUUGAUUCAAAAGUGCACAUCCCUCACUUCCAUAUGAAUAAAAUAUACUACAUCACCACAGUUGCUGCCAAAUGUAAAUAAAUGUAAAGACUGUGUUGAUACAUAGACAUAUGUGGAUGUACACAUUUGAAUCAAAUAAGCUCAAUGCAUUACUUUUUCAGUUCACUGAUACCACCACCUGCUGGAGGUGCUUCACCCAAACAUUCCAAUGUGGCUACUGAUGAAUGAGAGCAAAUGAGAACUCAUUAGCAGCACUAGCACUGUUUGAUGAAGUACCUUAUUUAAAAUAACGUUGCUAACAUGGUGCCAACACACACUGUUUUGACUCCAGUCUGGUCUUUAUUCCAAACGUACAUUUUUUGGAUUAACCAAUGAUGAAAGCAAAAUGCCUUGACCGGUUCUAUUACUGGAAAUGAUGGGCUAUAUAGCUACAGUACAUCAUUACAGAGUCUUACAGUAUUUUAGUAACACAAAGUCUGGAAGUCUUGAAGUCUGGAAGUUAAAAUAAAUCACCCACCUACUGCAUUUUCAAGUUGAUUAGGUCAACACAGCUGAAUUAUUACUUUUUUCUUUUUGUAAAUGCAGAGAAUGAAGAAUAUAAGGUUAUUUCUGCCGGAGGUCUUUCUGUAUGUAUUUUAAAGAACCCAAGGCAAGAUUAAGUGGAGUGCAUUACUGCAUGAUAGACUUGCAAUGCGCUUUACUUUUCUUGUAAAACUUUCUUGAUUAGACUUUUUCAUGUGAUAGAAUGUACUGCACAUAUUUGUAUUGUUUAUGUCACUAUUGAACUGUAAGGAAAUGUUUGUGUCGUGUGAAGUUAAAUUAAAGAUUUUUGAA